UCUUAUUAAGCACUCUUGCAGUCCUGUCAACUUAAUGGAAUAGGUCACCCAAAAAUAUUAAUGGGGAAUAUAUUCAAGCCAACAUAAAACAGUAAUUAGAGCAAGCGAACAAUCAUUAUACUGAGUGCAAUCCAAAAUUACCUGCACUUCAAAAAGCAGAGGAUGGAAAUUAUUGCUGACGACCAGCAAAGUUUUCGGUCUUAUAAGGACAGAGUCAAGGCAUACACAAGAGAAAUAAAGGAAGCUGAGAAAAAGAGUGAGAAACUAACUACCAUACCGCCGGAGCAGCAAGCCGAGGAUAAAGAGCUGGACGCCGCUGUGGCAGAGCUGAAAGCUAGCAUGCAGCACCAGUACCAGGAUGUGAACGCAGUGAAUGAAACGGUUGCACAGUGCAAGACUGAAAUUGCUGAGAUGUCACAGAAACUGACUCAAAGGUAUGUGGGUUUGUCCACACUGAAGCAUGAGAUGGUCAAUCUCAAGUCUCAAAUUGUGGAGUCACCCGAAGAACUAAGAAAUGAGAUGGAAAGGAUGAAAGAGAACGUGAAGAACAUUAGGAUGUCAAAAGAGCUGCUUGAUGAAAGGCUGGUGGAAAUGCAGAUGUUGGUGCAGUGUGUAAAUCAGUUGGAGGCAGAAAUCCAGGUCUUCCUCAAACAGCUGCAGGACUUACAGAGCAACAUGUGCAAGACCUACCAGCAAAAAGAGGAGGCCCGGAGCUUAGCAGCCCUGAAUGAAACCCUGCAGAAAGAGCUGAAGAGCCUGAGCAAUGAAGAAGGCCAGCUGAAGAGGGCACUUGCCCUGAAACUUGACAAGGAGGCUAAACAACAGAUCCGUCGACAGAAGAAAAGAGAGGUGAAAGACCAGCAAGUCAGAAAUAUUUAUGGGCAAUAUGACAAAAUCCACCAGAAACGGGAGGAAAUUGUGAAAAUGAUAGAAGAAAACAACCGUGAAACUAAAAAGUUGAGGGAGAAGAUGCAGGAGCUUGGAGAAAAGUGCAACCGGCAAACUCAAAAAGCCCAGGAAUUCUAUGAACAUCUUCUCACAACUGUGGAGCAUUACGACAAGCGGAUUGAGAGCAUUGUGGUGGAGACCAAUGCAGACACUUUAAAAAUGAAAUCACAUUUCUAGAAUUUCUAUUUUAUACUCUUGACUGUUACUUCAAAUUCCUGCAUUUGUACAGUGUCUGUUGUUUUGUC